CCCCCAAUCAGCAGAUGGACACAUCUGGCCCGCCCAUUUCGGAAGGUUAGGAUAUGCUAAUGAAGAGAUUUAUACAACAGAGUUUGGCAAGUCGAAUAGAGUUCAUUCUUUGAAGUUACCACGAGAAGAAGCUCAAGUCAUGAAUGAGCCAAGACUUAAUAAUAUUGAACCUCUCAGAAAGACAGAAAGUUUUGAGAAGAGGAGAACAAAAGGUGGUCGAAAGAAGGGAAGAGGAAUCAAAUGGGAGAAAGCAAGCAAUACAAGCGAGAUUCUUGGAUUUGGACAACAAGAAACCUCUCCUUUUGAUCAAGAUAGCGGGUAUAAUAUUAAUGAACUCGACUUAAUGCAUUUCACAGAAACACCUUGAAAUAAAGAGAAUGGUAGAAAUUCUAAAUUUUCAAUUGCUCAACAUGUUCAGGCUAAUCAUAGAUUUGUACUAAAACCUAAUAAAGACCAAGACUAUUUCUUUGCAACAUACGAUCCUGACUACAAAGUUGAAUGGGAUGAAAUAUUUAUGGUAAUUGCAAAAAGAAAUACAGACUAUCUCUGCCCUAUAUGCCGAGAAGAAAGUAUGGUCGUCCCAAUGAUUAGCCAAUGAGGGCACAUUUUUUGAUAUCCCUGCAUCCUUCACUAUUUCCUACAUGCAUCAGAGAAUGAGGGAGAGGAAUUCCGAAAAUGCCCUCUUUGCGAAGAAAUAGUGUUCAAAAAGACAUUGAAAUUCGCUAAAGUAUGUAUAAAACCUCCUCCAGAAGAGAACCAAAUGAGAACAUUUAAGUUAGUUUUCAGGGGCAAAGAGUCCAACGUAGUAAAAUAUUUCGAGAACAUUGAUACCAAAAUCCCUCAGACCUCUAAAUUUGAGAACCUUGAGGUACCUUACCAUGAUUCUGAUGCCUAUAACAUAACCAGGAUCCGUGUCUGACAAGAUUUUGGAAACAUUUUUAAUGAAUAUAAACAUCAACUCAUAGAAAGUUGUAAAGAUUGGGAAAACCUCGGAGAUACCCUAGAAGUUGACCUUUGCCAGCAAGGACUUGAGAUGAUAGAAACUCUACAAGUAAAACUGGAUCAAGAGCUAGAGGAAAUUGCUCAAAAGAAAGCUUUUGAAGAGACAAAAUUGGAUGAAAUAAACCAAUCGGAAGACUCAGAUCUAGGCAAAAAUUUCGAUAUCCAAAACUCUAAUUUUUCCCAAAAUGAAGAUAAGUACCAGUGAUUAGCAGACACACAGAAGAGAGAUAAGUUUGAAAAAGCAGUAAGAGAAUCAAAAGGAAAUUACUAUUUCUAUCAAAUGGAGGAUGAGACAAAUACCUUCCUUGACCCUCUCUGAAUGCGGAUUUUAACAAAAGAAUAUGGAAGUUAUGAAAACCUGCCUCUUAAAAUAACUUCAAAAAUCCUUGAAAUUGAAGAAUACAACAUGACUGAAGCCUUAAGAGUAAAAUAUAAGCCUAUUUCUCAUUUAGGGAUCUCUGCAGAAUUUAAAUUCAUCGAACUUGAGCUCUCCAAACUAGUCACUUCAAAGACAUACGAGCAUUUUGAACCACAAAUCAGGUUGAAAGAGGAUUAUCGUAAGCGAAAGAUUGAACAAGAAAGGAAAUAUAUGGAAAAGGCCAAACUUAUCGCCCAAAAGAAGCAUGAAUACUAUCUUAAAAAUAACAUAACGGUGAACUUGAACACAAAAUCUAAACAAAUCCCAGUCUGGGACACCAACAAGGCUCUGAAUGAAGACACCUGGUUCACUUUAGAUGGAAAGGAAAUCAAAGCUGACCAGGAAAGUUCCCUUCCUUGGCAAGAGAAAGAGGAGAAGAAGAGGCAAGCCUCUCCUCCAUUAGAGGAGACAGGGAAAGAAAACUCAGAAACUAACAUUUGGAAAGACUUUAUGAUUGCUUCAGAGAAUUCAUGUGAUAAACAUUUCCCAGCUUUAAACCAAAAGCAAUCAAAAGGCCAAGACAAGGUUCCUAUAAUUGUGGCUAAACCUUAUACAAAAACAACAUCUAAAAGGAAGAAGAAGAAAGGUAGGCCUAAGCCAAAACUUGACGAGGAUGGCUUCUUCGUAAAACCUGAAUAAGUCUUUGCUUCAGACGAAUUCAUGACUCCUUCUCAACAAAAGAGAAGUAAGAAUCGGAAGAGAGGUAGGAGGUAAACGGGAAUAUCGAAGCAUAAUAGCAUUUAAAGUUUAACUU